AAAUGUCUGUGAAACAAUUCCCUGUGCAAAAAGAGUAUGAGAAAAAUUCGCAUAUUGACCCAAAAGAUAUUAAAUUGAUCCAGACAUGGCUGGUUCAACAACCUCAUCUUCCACAAAAUAUCACUGAUUUGGAGGUAAUUUUGGCGUACCAUUCUUGUGAAAGUAACAUUGAGUUGACAAAACGGGUUAUUGACCUCAACUAUACGCUGAGAACAAUGUUCUCUUUCUAUUCUAAUAGAGACAUAAACAAGUCCUUGGAAGUAGCUAUGAAUACGUGGUUGAUAACUCCCUUAAGCACUCCCACACCAAAGGGACAUCGAGCUAUUUAUUGUCAAUUGCUAGAUGAAGAUCCAAACAAGUCUGUUUAUAAGGAUGCGGUGAGAGCAUUUAUGAUGGUGAUGGAUUUAUGGCAAUUCGAAGAAGGUACAGCCCCGGGGACGGUCUUUAUAGUGAAUAUGGACAGAGUAUCUCUGGCCCACCUUACGAAUGUUGAUGUCAAUGUAGCACAAGAAUUUUUCUAUUUUGUACAGGAGGCCAUGUUCAUCAAUCUUAAAGAGUUCCAUUUUAUCAAUGCUCCAUCUUAUAUUGACAAACUGUUAAAUUUGAUAAAGCCUCUAAUGAAGAUGGAUACAUUUAACUUACUUAAAGUUCAUACAGUAGGUUCUCAAACUUUGGAAGAAUAUGUGCCAUUAGAUGCUUUGCCUAAAGAAGCGGGGGGCAAUAAUAAAGAUAGUUAUGAACUAAGAGAUGCUAUUUGGAAUAAAAUAAGGUUGAAUAAAGAGUUUUUCGAAGCGGAAUCGUUAAAACGAGUGGACGAAUCUAAACGACCUGAUGGACCGAAGACCAUCAGCUCUAUAUUUCCUAGUGUAGAGGGCAGUUUCAAAAAGCUUAACAUUGAUUAAUUUAUUUGCAUAAACAUUUUUAUUUGUAAAAACGUAAUAUUAAAUUUUUCAUUCUUGUUCUUCCUUUUGACGUCAAUCACGGUCAGUUAAACACACCCUUACCUUUCUGGAGAGGAAACGGCGUGCGUUUUGACCAUGAGCUUGUAUUAGGUUAUUCAGGCUUU